AUGAAUAGUGAUACUCCUGAUGCCCUUAAAGUCCAAGUUCAGCCUGAUAGGGUGGAGGGUGAGAAGGGUCCCCCGAAUCCUCCCUCCAAGUGCUCCGAAUCCUCUGAAUCCUCAAAGUUCUCCGAAUCUUCAGAGUCCCCUGAAUCUUCCAAUUCCCCCGAAUCCUCCAAGUCCCCCGAAUCCUCCAAGUCCCCCGAAUCCUCCCUCCAAGUCCUCCGAAUCCUCCAAGUCCUUCUAAAUCCCCCGAAUCCUCCCUCCAAGUGCUCCGAAUCCUCUGAAUUCCCUCAAAGUUCUCCCAGAAUCUUUCAGAGGUCCCCUGCAAUCUUCCAAUUCCCCCCGAAAUCCUCCAAGCAAUUCUCCCGAAUCCUCCCUCCAAGUCCUCCGAAUCCUCCAAGUCCCCCGAAUCCUCCAAGUCCUCUGAAACCUCCAAGUCCUCUGAAUCCUCCAAGUCCCCCAAUUACUCCCAGUCCCCCGAAUCCUCCCUCCAAGUCCCCCGAAUCCUCCAUGUCUUCUGAAACCUCCAAGUCCCCGAAUCCUCCCUCCAAGUCCCCCGAAUCUUCCAAGUCCUCUGAAUCCUCCAAUCCUCCAAAUACUCCAAGUCCUCUGAAUCCUCCAAGUCCCCCGAAUCCUCCAAGUCCCCCGAAUCCUCCCUCCGAGUCCUCAGAAUCCUUCAAGUUCUCUGAAUCAUCAGAGUCCCCUGAAUCCUCUAAGUCCUCCGAAUCCUCCAAGUCCUCUAAAUCCUCCAAGUCCCCAAAUCAUCCAAGUCCCCCGAAUCCUCCCACCAAGUCCUCCGAAUCCUCUAAGUCCUGCAAAUCCUCCAAGUCUCCUGAAUCCUCCAAGUCCCCCAAAUCCUCCAAGUCCUCCAAAGUUCCCCUGAAUCCCUCGUCAAGUCCUCCGAAUCCUCCAAGUCCUCUAAAUCCUCCAAGUCCCCAAAUAUCCAAGUCCCCCGAAUCCUCCCACCAAGUCCUCCAUUCCUCUAAGCCUGCAAAUCCCCAUCCCCCUAAUCCUUCCAAGUCCCCCAAAAUCCUCCAAGCCUCCAAAUCCCUGAAUCCUCUAAGUCCUCGGAAUCCUCCAAGUCCCCCGAAUCCUCCCUCUAAGUCCUCUGAAUCCUUAAAGUCCUCUGAAUCUUCAGAGUCCCCUGAAUCCUCCACGUCCUCCGAAUCCUUCAAGUCCUCCGAAUCUUCAGAGUCCCCUGAAUCCUCCACGUCCUCCGAAUCCUUCAAGUCUCCUGAAUCCUCCAAGUCCCCCAAAUCCUCCAAGUCCUCCAAGUCCCCAAAUCAUCCAAGUCCCCCAAAUCCUCCCACCAAGUCCUCCGAAUCCUCCAAGUCCUCUGAAUCUUCAGAGUCCCCUGAAUCCUCCACGUCCUCCGAAUCCUCCAAGUCCUCCGAAUCCUUCAAGUCCUCUGAAUCUUCAGAGUCCCAUGAAUCCUCUAAGUCCUCGAAAUCCUCCAAUCCUCCGAAUCUUCAGAGUCCCCUGAAUCCUCCACGUCCUCCGAAUCCUCCAAGUCCUCCCUCCAAGUCCUCUGAAUCUUCAGAAUCCCCUGGAUCCUCCAAGUCCCCCAAAUCCUCCCUCCAAGUCCUCCGAAUCCUCCAAGUCCUCCUUCCAAGUCCCCUGAAUCCUCCUUCCAAGGCCUCCAAAUCCUUCAAGUCCUCCGAAUCCUCCAAGUCCUCCGAAUGCUUCAAGUCCCUGAAUCCUCCAACCCCCCCGAAUCCACACUCCAAGUCCUCCAAAUCCUCCAAGUCCCCCCAAUCCUUCCCCAAAAUCCUCCUUCCAAGUCCUCCGAAUCCUUCAAGUCAUCUGAAUCUUCAGAGUCCCCUGAAUCCUCCACAUCCUCCGAAUCGUCUAAGUCCUCCGAAUCCUCCCUCCAAGUCCCCUGAAUCCUCCAUGUCCUCCGAAUCCUCCAAGUCCCCCGAAUCCUCCCCCCAAAGUCCUCUGAAUCCUCCACGUCCUCCGAAUCCUCCCUCAAAGUCUUCUGAAUCCUUCAAGUCCUCCAAAUCUUCAGAGCCCCCUGAAUCCUCUAAGUCCCAUGAAUCCUCCAAGUCCUCCGAAUCCUUCAAGUCCUCUGAAUCUUCAGAGUCCCCUGAAUCCUCCACGUCCUCCGAUUCCUCCAAGUCCUCCAAAUCUUCAGAGUCCCCUGGAUCCUCCAAGUCCCCCGAAUCCUCCCUCCAAGUCCUCCGAAUCCUCCCACCAAGCCCUCCAAGUCCCCCGAAUCCUCCUCCCAAGUCCUCCAAAUCCUUCAAGUCCUCCGAAUCUUCAGAGUCCCCUCAAACCUCUAAGUCCUCCGAAUCCUCCAAGUCCCCCGAAUCCUCCUCAUAA